AUGUCUGUUGCUGAGUUUUACGUUGGAUAUUGGAUGCUUGCUGGAGCAUUUUAUGAAAAUCAGUUUCUAUGGUGUUCAUACUGUUUACCUGGCAAUUCAAAAAGACUGAAAAUUCAGACAGUAAUUUCACAGAUUGAAAUGUCUGAUUUGGUAAAAUAUGAGAAGGUUGAAAACAUUGGGGAGGGAGCUUUUGGAAGAGCAAUACUCGUCUUAUCAAAAUCAGACAAUAUUCAAAGGGUUAUGAAGGAGAUAAAUAUCAGCAAAGUAUUCUUAGCCAGUUUUGUAUCUUGA